UAUAUUUUAUCGAUAAUCCCGCGGUCACUAAUUGACACUUUUCCAGACUCAAGUUUGCAUUUGCCAAGGAAAAUAAGAUGCUGUCGCAAUCAAUUCUGACCGGCGUGCGUGUGCUCCGCACGGAAGCUCGCCGCAACUUUGGCCUGGCUGCACCAGCCCUGAACAAGGCCUCAGAUCCCAUCCAGCAGCUGUUCCUCGACAAAGUGCGCGAGUACAAACAGAAGAGCAGCGGUGGCAAGCUGGUCGAUCCCAAUCCCGAUAUCGAGCGCGAGAUCAAGACCGAACUGGACCGUGUGGCCAAGCAGUACGGCAGCGAUGGCAAGACCGAUAUGCUGAAGUUCCCCGAAUUCAAGUUCCCCGAGGUCAAGGUUGAUCCCAUCACCCAGAGCGCCAACUAAGCAACUAUUCGAACCGAACAGUUCUUCGUAUGAAUUAGUUAAAUUGUUUUUAAGUUCACAAUCCAGCUCGAGCGGCCAGCUCGACCCAACCAGGCGAGGAUUGCAAAACAGCAAAUAAAGCCGGAAAACAUCAUCCAGAGAG